UUUGUGUGUUGACCUAUGGAUUUUUAUUCAUUCAGUCUCUCUUUGGCCAAAAACCCAGACCAGCUAUCUUCCAAUUCAAGGGAGUGAGUUUGUUCUUCGUUCCUCCAAUCAAGCAACCACCAUAAUGUCAUCAUUCACCACUCUUUAUUUCUUUCCUCCUUUAAUGGUUUAGGUUUUUGAUUUUUUCACUUCACCUCUCUCUCACACACACUCUCUCUCUCUCUCUUUCUGUCUUGUCGAGCACAAUCUUGUGCUUGGUACUUGGUAGCUUGUGCCGUUGAGUUAAUGGGCCCUGAACUCCACUGAACAUUAAUGGGUGUGUAAGAGGAAGGGGUCUCUACUCUCUAUCUCCUCUUUCAGUGCUGUCUAUGUCCCCCAUUUUCGUGCUGUCUCGCAUUUGGGGUUCUUGGGUUUUGUACUUUUCUUUUGUGAGGAGAUAAUAUGAUGAUUUUGACUUCUCUCUUUGGAGGCCAUUACAAGUGAGGUUUUUAUCGAUGUGGGUCUUCGAUUUUUGAUAUGGGCUUUGGUUGAUAGGAUUGAGCGGCUUCGUGCUAUGGCCAGCUCUAGGUUUUCUGCAAUACGAGCUUCUUUUGAGUCUUACAAGUUAGGUUUUUUAAAGCCAUCUUUGAGUUCUUAUUUUGCUUGUUUUAUGAUUUAAUGGUGAAAUUUGGAAGAUCAAGAGGUCAAUGUCUUGAAAAUCGAUGAGGAUUCUUUGCAGAGAUCUAUGAAAUUAGAGUUUAUGUGCUGUUGGUUAUUUCUGGUUAUGGGCUAAUGCUGAAUAUUCAGGUGGCUUGUGAUAAAUCUGGCACUGGCAAGUUCUUGAUUCUAGGGAAAUGGAUAGAGUACUUCAACCUCCUCUGGUUGAUAGAACAGCAUGUUUAUGUAGAGUAGACGCUGGCCUCAAAACUGUUGCUGGAGCUAAAAGAUACGUCCCUGGUACUAAGCUUUGUCUCCAGCCUUAUGUUAAACCAUCCAUUCAUCCAACUAGGAACAAGCCAUCCCGUGGAGACAGGAGCCGGAACCAAUCUCCUUUGCUUCCAGGACUCCCCGAUGAUCUUGCAAUUGCUUGUCUAAUACGUGUUCCGAGGGCGGAGCACUGUAAGCUUCGAUUAGUAUGCAAAAGAUGGUACCGUCUUUUGGCUGGCAAUUUCUUUUACUCUCUCCGAAAGAGCCUUGGAGUAGCUGAGGAAUGGAUAUAUAUAAUCAAGAGAGAUAGAGAAGGGAAAAUCUUGUGGCAUGCUUUUGAUCCCAUAUACCAGCUGUGGAAAACUCUUCCCCCUGUUCCGAAGGAAUACUCAGAAGCCCUUGGAUUUGGUUCUGCUGUUCUAAGUUCCUGUCACCUUUACUUGUUUGGUGGUAAGGACCCGGUAAAGGGAUCGAUGAGGCGAGUCAUUUUUUAUAGUGCCAGGACUAACAAAUGGCAUCGCGCACCAGAUAUGCUUCGUAGACGUCAUUUUUUCGGUUCAUGUGUUAUAAACAACUGUUUGUAUGUAGCCGGUGGGGAGAACGAGGGUGUGCAUCAUUCCUUGAGGUCAGCUGAAGUUUAUGAUCCUAACAAAAAUAGAUGGUCAUUCAUUGCUGAUAUGAGCACAGCAAUGGUGCCCUUCAUUGGGGUAGUUUAUGAGGGGAAAUGGUUUCUGAAGGGGCUAGGCUCUCACCGACAAGUUCUGAGUCAAGUUUACCACGCGGAAACUGACAGUUGGUACCCUGUAUACGAUGGGAUGGUGACUGGCUUGAGGAACCCUAGUGCAUCCUUAAAUGGGAAUUUAUAUGCUUUGAACUGCAAGGAUGGCUGCAAACUUAGGGUUUAUGAUGAAGCGUCCGACUCUUGGAGUAAGCAUAUUGACAGUAAGAUGCAUUUGGGGAAUUCUCGGUCAUUGGAAGCAGCUGCGCUCGUUCCCCUGAAUGGAAAAUUGUGCGUCAUCCGAAAUAAUAUGUGCGUAUCACUGGUUGAUGUUUCGAAAUCUGACGGCGUAGAAGGGCCUACUGCUGAACAUUUAUGGGAAACCAUAGCAGGGAAAGGACAGUUCAAGAAUUUGGUCACAAAUAUCUGGUCUAGUCUCGCUGGUAGGAACCGAUUAAAGAGUCAUAUUGUUCAUAGCCAGGUUCUUCAAGCAUGAAGACUGGAAAAAUAUAUCAAAACCCUAAUGUGGGUUCUGGUUGUUUUUGUGCAUUUUGGUUUUGCUUGAUCUGGCAUCUGCUGCUACAGGUUGGAAGAUGAUGACUGAUUGCUUGUUGGGAUGAUCAAUUGAGGUGCACAUAGGUCCGGCAUAUUAGGGUUCAUAGUGAAGUUUAAGAAGGAUCAUGUACCCAAGAGGUUCUAGAUCGGUAAGAAUAUUUUGCUAAACUCCUAGUGAUAUAUACUAAUAUGGAUAUGA